AUUGCGAAAUGGGUCGAGAAGAUGGCAAACAUGUGCGCCAGAAAAAGGCUGCUAGAAAACGUAAACAUGCAGCAAAAAUGGAUGAAAGUGAGGAAAAUGAAGAAAUCAAUACCCCGGAAACUGACUGUAAGAAGAUAAAGAUAAAUUUUGAUCCUACAGACUUCAUCAGCCAAUUGAAAAAAGACGGCGUUUUACUCUCGGAAGUUCUAGGAAGCUUCUGCGCCUGUGCCAAGUCAUUUACAUGUGGUGUAGGUGACAUUGAUGCCGUGCAGGAAUAUCUUCAGCAUUCACCGCAGUGUGCAGAAAUCACAGAGCUCCUCACCACUGACAAGAGGCCGAAUGGCGAGCUUCAACUCAUCUUCAACUGCCUGACCUCUAUCAUCCUACGGCUUGCCGAUGAUCUCCAUCACUUCCGGUCCCUCUUCCUCCCGUCCCUCCACGUCCUCCUACGCAUGCACAUGCGUCAUGUCUACCGCGCCCUCAACCCAAAGAACACGGCCAAGGUCAUCAUGGCGGCCCUCCGCUUCCUGACGGCGGUGGUGGCGCUUGAUACGUCCUCAGCUCACGAGGUUUUGAACGUGUUCAAGUUUGACCAUGGAUCCCUGACUCCCCUGUAUAACAGGCGAAACAGUAAGGCAGAGGAAGAUGUUAGAACAUGCCUGAUGAGAUUUGCCGUGGCUUUCCUUGUUUCUGGUGACCAGCACACUACUACGCAGUUCUUAGCCAACAAAGAUUUCUUGAAAGGUUUCUUCAAAGGCUUGGUGGAAGAUAGAGCCUCUACUCUUCAACUCUUCCUCAAUGCCCUUCUGGAGCAUCUCGUGCGUAAUCCCGAUGUCACAAAGACUCAGAAACUACCGGUGUUGAACGAGUUCACACUUUUCCAAAUUGCGCACCUCUACGGCAGAUGGAAAGGAGUGCAUGAUAUACAGGAUGAACAAGUAGAGGCAGCGGAAGACCUGGAGCAGGCCGGGAGAGAAGCUGUCCGGCGCAAGGUUCAUUCAUUCCUGAUAGAAGUCACCACCUCCACCAAACAUGGCAUCAACUUCCUGGAUAAAUCAAUAGGACUUGGUGGAAAGAAUUUAAACAGCGCCCUCUUGAAGUUCCUUCAGAUGUUGAAGACCGCAACGACGGAUGACCUUGUGGCAGACCUUGUGGUCCAUAUCUUGAAGACAUGUCCGGACCUGUUAUCCAAGUACCUCUCCUCUUGUCCUUUCUCCUUCACACCGAGAGCGUCCUCAUCAUGGCUGGCCAACGUGGGUUUCAUCGAGAAGAUAUUUGAUGGGCAGUCUUCUGUGAGUCCUGCCUUUACCAGGUCGGAUAAAGUGGGCGUGUCUAGGCUGGUUUCCAUGGUGAUGGUGACAACAGUACCUGCUGUGGCUAAUCAUGCAUUCUUACUGCAAUGUAUCAAGCACACAAGCAAUCUGGUAUGUCUGACAGGUUUACAGCUAAUCGAUAAAGUGAUGCAGAAAGCAAGAGGCAACAUGGAGCAGAGCAGAACUGCAGGUGCAUCACUUUCUCAUACAGAAAAGCACAUAUUCGUGAAGCAAUAUCAGGAGUCGCUUUUAAAGGUUCUACCGGAUGUUGAUACCUUGUUGUCGUGCUGGGAGAGAUACCUCAUCAGGAUAAAAGAGGGCAGCAAACACAAAGCAGAGGACAUUGUGUCGGAUCAUACGCAAGCUUCACAAUCAGAUCAGGAAAUAUCUUCAGGAUUAGCGCAGCCAGAGCCGGCAGAGAUUCUCGUACACAUCAUGAGAAUCCUGGCUGCGUAUACCAUUGUUCUCCCAUCGGCCUUCCUCCAAACAGCAUUUGACUUCAGUCGGCUCCUUCACGGAAUAUUCCACUCUGAUCACAUGACUGCCAAAGAGGGCAGUGCUACAUCAACCCAGCAUGCCUUGCAGCUUCAGUACGAGACCAUGAAACUUUUGAUGGGUUUUGAUGUGGGCCGUUUCCGCUGGUUCAAGGAGGUCAAAGGUGAAGGGUCAGCCAUGGGACAGCUCCUGACUGUUUUGAUGACCUCUUCUGAUUCUAAACUGAUUCAUGUAUCCAAGCAAUUAAUCUGUCAGGUCCUGAAGCACACCGGUCAGUUUGACCAAUGCCCCGAUGAACCAAUCAUCUGGCUUGAUGCCUUUUCUGCCCCGACCUCGGUGACCCAUGACCCCAAGGUCGUGACCGGCUUCCUGCAGCGUAUUCUGAGCAAGGUGGUGAGGAAUCCAUACCCUCACAAUGAUCGCAUCAUGGAAGCUGUCACAGAGAUGGCUAUGAAGGAAGAGGAUGAUGGGAAGAUGGAGGAAGCGGAGGAGGAUUCCAGGAGCAUUUCUGAAGCAGGAUUGGCAGCUAUCUUAGACAUGGAUGAGAUACCAAUCAUUGCUUCCCAUCAAGAUGAUGAUGUCAUGCAAACUGACCAAUUACAAGAAGAACAGGUGGUAAUGACCCCUGACCUGGGUCAAUCAGGAUCAUUACCCUGUAGUGCCCUUGUACCGGCAUCAUUAGAAGAGUUCAGUGCAAUGGAGGAAAAUGGAAAAGUUGCUGACUACCUUUCCAGAGUCCUCACAUCAAUCCUCAACACACAGCAUGAUCCAAGGGUCAUUUGUCACCUGGUUUAUCAAUCCAGCCAGAACCAGACCAAACCGGUCAUAUCCAGCUGGAACCGCCUGCUAUCAUACUGCAAUGAGUGGCUUCCAAAGUCAAGACAAAUCAAAGUAUCCAAGCUAAAGGCCAAGCAGUCCUCAUCAUCACUGAAGACAUUUUCCUCUUUACUCCAAGAAAGCUUCAUGAAUAGGGCAAAGCUAGAGAAGGAUGUGAACAUAAAACAGGAUAUCAUGGAUAGUGUGCCCUCUAUUGGUCAGGAUGCAGUCCAUCCCAUCAUACAACAGUGUCUACUUUAUGUAGGAUCGUGCACCAAUCAAGAGAGCUCCAAUGAUGCUGCACAGUUCUACACUGACAUAUUUAUGGCUGUACUUCAUCAAGCAAAAGAAAAAUCAAAAGAUGUCUGCAAAGAGCUGAGAGAACAGUGUGAACCAUCACAGGAAAAUACCGAUGCCAUGGAUAUCCAAAUAGAUAAUGAAGAUAGCUAUAGUAAAGAGGACUGCGAUUGGCUCAAGUUGAGUACUGUAAUCCUGAGGCAUCCAAUCAUAUGUGGGCUUAGAUACGACCCAUGUACAGAUAGGGUCAGGGAGGUGUUGACUGUGUUGAAGGAGUUUGUACCCCAAGUUGAACUUGAGAGAGAACUGAGGGUACUAGUUGCAGCUGCAGAGAAUAUGCUUCGGACUUUGUUGGUGCCAUCUGAGAAUGAGGCACAUUCCAGAGUCGUCAUUGAUCUCCUGGUUAGUCUCAAGGGUUACAUCCAUCCAGGAAGAUGUCUAUGUGUCCUCAGGCAAGUUGUGUCCUUCAUGAAGCAAGAAAUCGCCAAGGACCAAAAUUAUGACUUUGAAUCCAGAGGACUACUAUGUUUAACAGGGGAAUACCUCCUUAUAGCAUCAAGGAUAUCAUCUUCAGAGUCCAAUUACAGGAGCCUGGAUCACAGAAAGGUCACAUCCUCCAGAGGCACUUAUGCAGCUGUCAAAGAAGUGCCACACCAACAUCCCUCAGGGUCAGACUGUUUGAACACUAUAGAUGUCAAGGAUAUCCUAGCCAUAGCGGUUGAACGGAAGUCAUGGACUUUGUUGAAAGCCAUUGGUGAACUCUUGAAGGAGCACACUCACCUGUUGCCGUUAGAUUCUGAUAUGAAGGGAGCCCUCUCUGUUUGCUUGGAAGCUUCCAGACAGCAGCGUAAGCAGAUGGGAGAUGAGAUCACUCCAAUCCUUAUUAAGGCCAAUCCUUGCCAAUUUGAGGACUGGAUCAUGGAUAGCUCACAGAAGAAAACAAGAAAAGAUAGCAUAGCUAGUUUGUACCCAUCAAUAGCAGCUUAUCUGUCCUCAGCUGGAGAUAAUAAGCGAAGUCUCCGAUGCAGGAAGCAUCUCCAAAAACUCUGCUGGACACCUCUUGUGAAUGAUAUCUUAAAAGAUCCUGGUAACCAGGACGAUGAUGAUGAUGGUACUACAUCAACAGACAGAAUUCCUGCUGCUGCAUCAUCAGAAGUUCUGUGUCUUCUUUUACCGUAUGCACCCCAGGUGGAGUUGAGAGCCUUGUUUGAUGCAGUAGUGGAUCUACCAUCAUCUCAAAACAAUUCACUAAAUAAGUCCCAACUAGAGGUCCUGAAAGGAAUCAUAGAAAUUUUACUGAAACAGGAUAUAGAGAGAAGAGAUGUUCUGCAGCAGAAAGCUCUCCGCUCCAUUCUUCUGAGUCUGGUCAAUGAAUUCAAGUCUUCCGAAAAGAACCAGGACCAGUUCCAGGAACUGUCUAUUCCCAUCAAAUACAUGCUUGAGCAUCUGAAAGAUUUUGAGUCGAACCGUGACCUUGCAGUGACCUGGAAGCAGUUUGUGAUCUCUGGAUUGAAGACCCAGUAUCAUAACCCAGCCUUCCUGGAUCUGCUAACCCAGUUGGUGGAGCUAGUCUACUGUGCCAGUCACUCCGGCAGAAAGUUCAUGCCACUGAGUAAGCUCUACCAUGCAGUCGUGGGACAUUCCAAGUUCCUUCCAAGCAUGUUGGGGCCUGGUCAGGAGUCUACUGAUGUACCCAUUGAAACGAAAGGAGCACUGGUGAAACUACUACUCGCUGUAUCCCAGAGAGAACCGUCCUGUUGCAAUACUGUCCACUUCACCAUUCUCCUAGGUGCUUACACUGCAAGGAGGACAGUUUGUGAUAGGGGACUGCUUUCUCUGAUGCAUAUCUAUGAGAAGAACAAUGCCCACAUGUGGGAGUACAGGCCUUACAUAUGGGGCAAGGAGGCAGUAACGCAGCAUGCAGCCAGGAAAGCCCUAGGGAGAACCUUGUGGAAGCAACCUAGUGUGGAGGAUGUCCUCAAGCUUCUGGACACCAAGGUUCUCUACGAUUCCAUGCUCAAGUUCCCACUGGACCAGUCAUUACAUCCUGAUGUAUCAGGUGAAUCAUGCGCAGGAGAUAUUGAGAUACAGUCAGAGUUGUAUGAUCCUAGUUUUCUGCUUCCUCUUUUUAGUCACCUCCUCCAACCAGAAAAUCUUGUGCCUUGUCAGACCUUUGUGGAAUCCAACGCCUUAGGUUUUGUGAUAGCCUCUUUAUCCAGUCGUCAUGACGAUGUCAGACAAGCAGGGUAUCACAUUCUCUCAUGCUUUGUUCAGCAUCUAGAGGGCGCCAGAUUCAGAGGAAGGAGAGAGAUUGCCUUCAUCCUUGGGAUAUUUCGGAACUCGGUGUCCUCCUCGACCCAGUACAUCCCAUCUCUCCUGACGGUCUUCCUGGCUAGGUCAAUCCAGCAGAUGUUACAACCGGAGAGCGCCCUCUAUCCGAUACUUAUCUCAUAUCUCAUGUUCAAACCUCAGCUGAACCUCGCCAAGGUACCGCUCUUCCCGAGGCUCUUCGUUGGAGCAGAAAUGCAGCACAAGAGUGAGAAGAAUUGGUUCUUGUCCUUUCUAACGGAUGGUCUACGUAGCCCUACUGAUUUCAAGCUUUGUGCCAAGUCCAACGUGUUCCAAACCCUACUUGCUUUCUAUGCAUCUCCUCUCUGUGAAAAGGCUAUUGGGGACUUGAUCAUAGGUGUGUUAGUGAAGGCUUGUGAGAUCCCAGAGGGCGCUGUUCAACUCGUCAAACAGAGCAAGAUUCUAAUCUGGAUUCAAGCCCAGAAGGAUUUGAGUGCGGUUGAAGGUGUGGACAGAGUGCUUCAUGCCUUGGAGAAAAGCUUUGUCAGUCUAGACAAUGAAUCAAGAGAGACUAAAGAAGCUCUUCAUCAUAUUACGCUUCUUAAGACCAGCCUAAAAUGAUAGAAAUAGUGAAUUUUCAAAGCUACUUAUGAUAAGACUGUUUGUUUUCACAAAACUUGUGAGGAAUGUGAGGGGCCAGUCUUGUGUUAACAACGUAGGAUGAUGGUUGCCAAUAAACUGAUCAGUGAACAGAAGUGAACCAGUGCUCCUUUCUUCAAAUUUGCAUCGUUGAUGUUUUCCAUCGUGCUGCACCGAGAUCUGGUAUAAAAAAUACUGAAAUGCAAAAAAAAUCUUAGCUUCAGUACUCUAUCAUUGAUUAACACCAAUAUAAUUUGAUGAAAUGUGACCGAAAAACUACUCUCAUUUAUUUAUUUGUUGCUGUAAUAUUAGCAUUUCCACCAUUUAAUUUGAAAGCUACACAAUGUGUAAUUUAACAAGGUACUCUCUGGCUUGAAAUAACGAAUGAAUCAUGGAAAAUGAAUAGGUUUAAAUCAAAGUUUAAUUCCAGUUGUGGUAACAGUUUCAUAAAGAAGUCUGUUCAGAAUCAAAUAUGUGCCAAAGGAUUCUGGAAGAGAUAGUGUAAUUGCUGAGAAAUAAGCAAAAUCAGCAUGGAAGUCUAGUCGGGUUUUUUGUCUUUUUUAAAGUUAUUACAUGGUAUAGUAAACUGUCCCUCAUGAUUUCAAAACUACAUUCAUUUAUCUUUACUAAAAAGGCAAGCCUGAAAAUAUAACUUCCAGGAAAUAUUAAUUUUUGAGGGCAUGAGCACCCUUAAGUUAGGUCUAUAUUAAUAAAAGCAGACAGAUAACAGGAAUGUAUCAGUAAAGGUUUGAUAAGUUUCAUGUAUGAAUUAUUUUGACAAUUUUUUUGUGAUCGACUCCUAAACUUGAGAAAAAGGGUGAGAUAAUUUCAACACCCCCCCCCCCUUCCCCACCCAUGUGGUUCAAUGAAGAGGAUUAUGAAUUCUGUUAGUACUAUAGAUAUAAAGAUAAACUUUUGUCUAUAUUCAUAUUAUUAUGAUCAUGAUUAUGAGAAAUUGCAUUUAAUUUGCUGCAUGCCAUGUUGUGAUAUGCAGACUAUAGUACUGAUGUGAUUUAUCAUUUACGAAUGUAAUAAAAAGUAAGAUCAGUUCA